AUGUUCGUGAGGCUUCUCCACGCACAGCCCAAGUGCACGCGCCCCCCCAGCCAAACGUGGCUUUUACAGCGCCGUUUCCACAGCGUGCCUUUCCAGGACAACUUGACGCCGGCCGACGACGACGCGUUCGGCUUGGCGGACUUCCAGCACUACCAAGAGGCGCCGGACGUGCGGGCGCUCCGCGAGCAGCAGGGCAUGUCGUGGCCGCUCCGGCCAAGUGCCUGGCCGCGCGGCUUCGAGCAGCUCUGCACGGCGCGGGAGCCGGUGGUGUUUGUGUCGCGGCUCUCGGACCCCUACGUCAACUUGGCCAUCGAGGACUACGUGUACAGCCGCAUGCCGUUGGCACCCGGCAGCUGCGGCAACCGCCUCAUGUUCUACGUCAACGGCGCGUGCGUGGUGGUGGGCAAGAACCAGAACCCGUGGCGCGAGGUCAACAUGCCGGCGCUCUCGAACUUGCGGAUCCCGUUGGUCCGGCGCCGCUCGGGCGGCGGCGCCGUGGUGCACGACGUGGGCAACGUCAACUACUCUUUCAUGACGCGCAAGGAGCUCUUCGACCGCUUCUCGUUUGCGCGGCUCGUGGCGCAGGCCGUGACCGCGGCCGGCGGCCCGGAACACGCCCUCGCCGUCAAUGACCGCGGCGACAUUGUCACCGCCGCCACCCGUGAGAAGGUGUCCGGGUCCGCGUACAAGCUCUCGCGGGGCAAGUCGUACCACCACGGCACCAUGUUGCUCAGCCUGCGGCUCGGCGUGUUGCGCCUGCUUCUCCACAGGGACGAGUCCGCGCUAGGCCACGUGCACGCGCCGUCGGCCGUGGCGUCGGUCCGCUCGCCGGUGGCCAACGUGGGCAUGGCCCGCGACGACUUCAUCCGCUGUGUCACGCGCGCGUUCCAGGACAAGUACGGCUGCGUGGCCGGCCGGCCUGCUGCCGAGGACACGGACCCCGCAGCGUUCGACCAGACCGAGCUCCUCGGCCUCCAGGGCUUCGUGGACGCGUACUCCGCGCGCGAGUGCCCGGUGUUCACCAUCGACGAGUCCGUCGCACUCCCGCACGAGGUCGUUGCUACGGCCGACGAGCUCCGCCUGUGGCAGUGGCGGUUCGGCGCCACGCCCAGGUUCCUGCACCGCUUCCACCACCGCGAGCGGGGCGUGUGCGUGACGUUGGACAUCGAGAAGAAGGCCGUGGUGGCGGCGGUCGCCGUGGAAGGGCCGCCCGACGCGCACCACGCCUUCCAGUUCUUGAAGGACGUGGUGGCGCGCGGCGACCACAUCCAGUACACGGGCAGCAACGUGGCCGGGUUCGUGGUGGACGACGAGCUCAGCGAGUGGCUCGGAAAUGCAAUCGACGGCACUACCUGA